AUGGCCCCCAGAGUGCUGCAUUUCUGCCGAGACCAAGUCGCUUGGGAGUGUCAUGAGUUUGAAGCUGCCGAAGGAUUACCGGAAGGAACACCCAACUUCCAGUCAACAGCCGAUGGUAUCAGAGAAGGUUCUCGAUUGAAGGCGCUCAACGACUUGGCAGAAGGCAAACGCCUGCGUCGUUUGCGUUUUCAAGACUCUGGUGAUCCCGAUUCACAUCUCCGACCCGAAAUAUUUGCUCUCGAGCUUUGGCGUCGCAUUGUUGAAGUGUACUCCGGAACAGCGGUCACUAACGAAAAAGAUAAGCUUAUUGCUUUGUCUGGAAUGGCCCGUUGGAUGUCUGGAAAAGUAGGCCCGGCAGAGAAGCCCGCCCAGUUAAAAUGCCGAAGCACAAUUCACGCAGGUAAAACGGACGUCGUAGGUACUACGCAAUACGUAGCUGGACUUUGGGCAUGGAACCUCGCAAGUCAGCUGCUGUGGUACGUUGAGCCAAAGUUCCAAGCCGUUGACGAUAGCUUUCACUAUUUUACGACUGCACCUACGAGUUACCGCGCGCCUUCCUUCUCCUGGUCAUCCAUCAAUGCCGACCAAGGAAACGGCAUUCGAUACGCCGAGGUGACCGACCGAGAUAUCCUCAUUGCUAUUGACGAAGUUUCUGUUACACCAAAAUACAGCUCCGACGAGUUCGGCCUGCUUGAAGGCGCUGAAUUAAUAAUAUGGGGCAAGCUACGCAAAGCCAGUUUCUCCGUAUCUGAGAAAGCUAAAGGUCGUUUCGAAUGGCGGCUGGUGGAGCGCGAUGACCUCUCCGACGAAGAGCAUACCAUUGUGUUCCUUGAUUGUCCAGAAAGAGAUGUUCCGGGCAUUAUCGGUCCGGAUGCUGAUGUUUACGUAGUACCCGCGGCCAGAGGCGAUCGGACCGCUUCGGAGGAGUCAAAAUACCUCACCUGUUUGAUUUUGCAACUCGAAAAAAGCUGCAAGGAGGGACCAGCAUUCCGACGUGUUGGUAUCACAAAAUUGAGCCCAUAUGGGGACCACAAGGCUCUGGAGGACCUUGAAAUUCUCAAAGCUUAUGAAAGUGACGGGGCGAUGCCACAUAGAGGUGAUGAUCCAAAGACGGGCAAAAAAGGCUAUGAUCCUGAGACUGGUAUGCAUCGUAUCUUUCUGAUUUGA